UUGAAAAUGGAUCCAGAACAGUUGGAAAUGAAGAGUGAAGCACAACUGAAGUCACUGAAGAACAGUCGAGCAAGGAAGCUAAGCACCUUGACCAGAACAAGAAGACGAUCGUUCAUUAUCAUCGAAGCCAAGGGUAGUCGAACUCAGCUGGGAGAACUGCUCAAGGAUCUUGAUGUUGCAUUGGAUGCUGUGCAGGAGGUGCAUGACCAGUAUACCGCCUUGUUGAGCACAGCUGAAGAAGUGGAAGCAGCUGAGCUGUACAUCAAAGAUGUGGAGAGGCAGCAUUCAGAAGCUGUUGAACGGAUUCGUGAGCACCUUGAAGCCAGAAAGGAUGAGGCCCCAUCAACGGCAUCAAGCAAGUCCGCAAUCUCAGGAAAGUCUGGAAGUUCUGUGAGUCCAGAGGAAACUAAAGCCAGGGAAGCAGAAAUCCAGAGGCGCUUGAGGGAACUGGAGUUGAAGAAAACCCAAGAGCGUCUUCAGCUAGAAGCACAAGAACAAGACCUAGCCAGAAGAAGAAAGCUGAUGGAAGCAACAGAUGCUCAUGAAAUGGCGAAACUGGAAGCAAGCCUGCAAAGAGCAGCAUUGGAUGACCUACAAUGGGAACGGCGGGACGAUUUCGUUGAAGGCCCGUGCUCUGAAGAGAAGACCGCUCCCCAGGUAAAUGAAGAGUGUGCUCUGAAAGAGGAUGGUCAGCCCAGAGGAGCACAUCAACAGUGUGCAGUAUUCAGCAAGAGCAUCCCUAAGGUGAAGCUUCCACAGUUCAACGGAAAUCCCCUGGAAUGGUCGCAGUGGUUUGGCCUUUUCCAAGCUCUGGUAGACUCUCAACCGAAUCUGUCAAACACAGAAAAGAUGGUACACCUGCAAGCGGCAGUCACGGGUUUGGCACAGAAGACGAUUGCAGGGUUCUUGUACAAUCCUGAGCUUUAUCAAGAAGCUUUGGCUGUGUUAAAGGAAAGAUUCGGAAGAGAAAGGGAUGUGGUUCGAGCUCACUUGAACGCAAUGUUCAGUGCACCUCGUAUAAAUCAGUUCAGUGCUCCAGCCUUGGAAGACUUCUAUGCCACUGUCAACUGCACUGUUACAGUGCUGCAGAGUCUACACUAUGAAGGAGAUCUGCACAGCCACGAGAACUUGCAGAGGGUUGUCGAGAAGCUCCCAUCUGAUCUCCGUCGUGAGUGGAGCAAGUUCGAAGUGGAGCAUGCUCGUGACACUCCUUCUCUGGCUACCUUCUCUACUUGGCUGGGUGGACAGGUAAGGAUAGCGCUGAACUGCGCGUCUUCUUGUACUACGUUUGAGCGACGCCCCAGUGCAAAGCGGACCGCUCUGCUGACAACCAGCGAGAGACAAGAUGUGUGCAGUUGUUGCGGAGAAACACAUCAUCUGGUGGAGUGUCAGACAUUCCUCAGUUGGUGUGUCGACACAAGAGCUCAGUUCGUGGCACGCCAGAGAUUGUGCUUUGUGUGCCUGGAGCCGGGCCACCGGAUUCGAAACUGCAGGUACGCAAGACCAUGCGGAAGGAAUGGAUGCGUCAUGAGACACCACGAACUAUUGCAUGGAAGUAAGCGAGUGGUGGGACCAGCGUCGUAUUCAAACGUGCUUCCAUCUGACAGAACAGAGACCUCUCAGUCCCAGCAAGAGUUUCGGGUGGACACGUCAACGAAGCGCACAGUCACGUCCACUUCCUUUCCUCGGCCAGAUGACAGCGUGACGUUGUUGCAGAUAGUUCCGGUGCGUAUACACGGAGAAGCCAGUGACUUCCAGGAUGUCUUCGCCCUGCUUGAUCCCGGUUCGCAGACGUCACUUUGCACCGCUGAUGUAUUGUCGUCUCUUAAGAUAACAGGUGCCCGAAGCAACCUUUGUCUUCAAAAUGUCGAAGGGACUGGCGUCCCACAUAGUUCUCAGAGAGUGAGGUUGAUGGUCAGUCCAGGUUGUGACGCCAACUGUGAGUCGACGAUAGAGGUUCCUGAAGCAUUUUCAGUUCCGAUGAUCAACGUGAACCCGCCACACAUCACCGCAGAGCAGAAGGCCUCAUGGAAGCACGUCUCUGACCUGAACUUACCUGACUACAAGAACGUAGAGAUCAAGCUGCUCCUUGGAGCCAACGUGUUAGAAGCAAUCCUCCAGGAAGAAGCUCGCGUUGGUGCUCCUGGACAACCAGUGGCCGUCAAAACGGCGUUCGGCUGGACUCUGACGGGGACAAUCAGAGGCCUGGUCCCCGGGAGGCACCGUGACGUGAUGUUCAUCCGGAAGAGUGCAGUGGAUCCGGAGCUGUCAGCGGCAGUUGAAGAAUGGUGGACGACAGAGUCUUUUGGAGUGAAGGUAAAUCAGCAGUCGGCCAAGUCACGUGAAGACGAAAGAGCAGAGAAAAUCAUGGAGGAGACGACGAAGUUGGUCGACGGAAGAUACGAAACAGGACUCAUCUGGAGAACAGAAGGCGUACAGCUUCCAGACAAUCGCGCUAUGGCCGUUCAACGGUUGGAGGGUCUGGAGAGAGCACUCCUGCGCCAACCUGUGAAAGCAACUCAGUAUCAAGACAUCAUCCAGAGCUAUCUAGAUCUAGGUUUUGCUCGGAAGCUCACCAAUGAAGAGUUGGUGCAGUAUCAUCCGCGCAGAUGGUUCUUACCACACCAUCCCGUUAGCAACCCUAACAAACCUGGCAAGCUAAGACUUGUUUUCGAUGCUGCCGCAAGCUGUCGAGGAACUUCACUGAACUCGGAGCUGCUUUCUGGACCAGACAUGCUCUUGAGCCUUCCAGGUGUGCUUCUGAGGUUUCGUGAGGAACGUGUCGCACUGGUGGGUGACAUUGAACAAAUGUAUCACCAAGUCCGCGUGAUCACUGAGGACCAGGCGUCCCUGAGCUUCCUGUGGAGGGAAAUGCAACAAGAGAAGCCACCAGAUACCUACACCAUGCUUGUGACAAUUUUCGGAGCAAAAUGUAGCCCGGCGUCAGCUAACUAUGUUCUACGUAGGACAGCUGUGGAACAUGCGACGGGCACCGAUGUCUGUAACAGAGCGCUGGAUGCUGUUCAUCGAAACUUUUACAUGGAUGACUUCUUGAAGAGUGAAAAGUCCGUGGAAGCUGCUAAGGCCAUGCGGCGAGAAGUAACCGAUCUAGUCUCAAAGGGUGGUUUUCGGUUGACGAAAUGGAGAAGCAGCUCUGAAGAAGUCCUGCUGGACAUUCCCGAAGAGGAGCGUGCCCACGGAGGUACUCUGAGGAAAACGGAGAGUGUCCUGGGAUGUCCCUGGAAUCCCACUGCUGAUUCUCUGGGAGUACGUGCAAUCAAUGCAGGAUCUGUCCUUUCUAAACGUGGAGUCUUGCGAGCUGUAGCUCGGCUGUUCGAUCCGCUGGGACUGGCAGCCCCGUUCACUCUCCGAGCAAAGCUGCUGGUGCAGAAAUUGUGGUCGAACGGCUAUGGAUGGGACGAUGAACUGAAGGACAACGAACUGAAAGCUUGGAUGGACUGGGUCGCUGAGCUCAGCCAGUUGGAGGACCUGGUUGUUCCACGAUGGUUGGGAGGGAGUGGUCAAGACAGUGAUCAGCGUCUGGAACUGCACGUGUUCAGCGACGCGUCUGAGUCAGCCUUCGGCACCGUUGCUUAUCUGAGGGUGUCGAAUGGUGGGGAGUUCAAUGUGACGUUGGUGGCAGCCAAGACCCGAGUGGCACCUUUGAGGCAGAUAUCCAUUGUGAGGUUAGAGCUUCAGGGGGCAGUGAUGGCAUCGCGAUUAGCAGCGUCUCUUCGUGAAGAGCUCACCUACGACCUGAACAGAGUGGUUUUCUGGACAGACAGUAGAGUUGUGCUGCGGUACCUGAGCAACGAAAGUCGCAGAUUUCAUACUUUCGUCGCCAAUCGCGUGGCAGAAAUUCGGGAAACGUCCAAGGUUGAGCAGUGGUACCACGUACCUGGGGAGCAAAACCCGGCAGACGCGUGUUCUCGGGGUCUCACAGUCCCAGAACUGGUCACAGAUGCAAGGUGGAUGUGUGGACCAGAGUACCUGAAGUACGACGAAGACCAUUGGCCAUGCCAAAGCGUACCAGAACCAGUGAGUUCAACUGAUCCGGAAGUACGUAUCUGUGGCACGACGAGCACCGAGAAGCAGUCCGAGGCGGUCCUCCCGGAUCCAUCAAGAUUUUCAUCCUGGCUAAAGCUGAAGCGAGUUGUAGCAUGGAUGAAGAGAUUCGUGCGAAAUUUCGCCGCACGAGCUCGGCCGGCGUGUUAUGAGGGAUCAGCUGGACCUCUUUCAGCGACCGAACUAAGCGAAGCCGAGACAGUUAUUCUGCGGGAUCUGCAGCGACGUCACUUCGAGAGCGAGGUUCGCGCACUGCAAUCUGGAGAGACCGUCAAAUCCACCUCACUGCAACAUGUAACACCAUUCCUGGACAGCGAUGGUGUACUCCGCGUCGGUGGACGUCUAGACAGGGCACCGCUGACAUUCGCAAGCAAGCACCCAGCGAUCCUCCCUGCUGACGAACAAGUUUCUCGCCUGGUCAUCGCAGAUGCACAUCGGCGGGUGUUCCACUCAGGUUUGGAGCGAACGUUGACUGAGUUACGCUCGCAGUUCUGGCUGUGCCGAGGGAGAUCCCUGGUGAAGAAGGUCAUCUACGGCUGCCUCGUCUGCAAACGGAGGCGCUGCAGCCCUCAAGUGCCGAUGAUGGCAGAUCUUCCAAGUGCUCGGUUCAACGACGAGCGUGCGUUCAGCUCAGUAGGAGUUGAUUACUUUGGGCCAAUGAUGGUUAAGCGUGCUCGCUCAACAGAGAAGCGCUACGGAGUUCUCUUCACGUGUCUGGCUACGAGAGCUAUACAUCUUGAGUUGGCACAGAGCCUGGACACUGAUGGCUUUCUGCUGGCUCUGCGGCGUUUUCUUGCACGAAGAGGGAGGCCAAGAUCAUUGUUCUCUGACAACGGCAGCAAUUUCGUCGGAGCAGAACGUCAGCUGAGAGAAUCCCUCAUGGAGUGGGAGCAGACAAAAAUAGUUGAUAUGUGUAGCCAGCGAGACAUUCAAUGGCACUUCAUACCUCCAGGAGCACCUCACAUGGGCGGCGCGUGGGAACGCCUUGUGGGAAGCGUGAAAAGAGCGCUAAAGAUCGUGGUGGGAGAGACCGUUCUGACUGAUGAGGUGCUGCACACUCUACUGACAGAAGUCGAGUCAAUGCUCAAUGGGCGUCCUCUGACGUACGUCAGUUCAGAUGGAAGAGAUCUGGAGCCUCUUACGCCCAACCAUCUGUUACUUGGAUGUGCUAACGCCAACAUGUCCCCAGGAAGGUUCCAAAGCAAGGAAGUAAACAGCAGGAGGCGUUGGAGACAAACACAAACCCUUGCUGAUCAAUUUUGGAAGAGGUGGCGGUGUGAAUAUCUUCCCUCUCUACUUCCUCGAGUGAAGUGGUUGAGAGAACGAAGAAACCUGAAGGUGGGAGAUGUUGUGUUGAUGAUCGAAGAAAGCGCUCCACGAGGAUUCUGGCCCCUGGCGAGAAUCACUGAAGUCUUCCCGGGAAGUGACGGCCGGGUACGUUCUGUUGAAGUGAAGACAGGUUCAGGUGCUGUCUACCGGCGGCCGGCGGCAAAAAUAUGCCUCUUAGAAGAGUCAUCCGACUGAAAACCAAGGUGUCCUUAUCCCAGCAAUGCCCGCCGCUCCUGACCAUCCAUCUGCCUCUUACCUUGAAAGCGGUGGAUGAGCAGACGACGGACGACGGUGGCGACGUCCCGAGGAUGCAGCUGGACCGCAACGGCGGACCUGUGACCGAGCUCCGGGAGAAGAUGAUGAACGGCGUGCCGGAUCCAGGAUCACGGCUGGCGCCGCUAUGCUGAUCGCCGCACGGUGCGCGGUGGCCGGACAGUAUGAGCGUGUUCUGUGGGUGAGCCGUUGGUGAUGAGAGCCGGAGAGGGUGUCACCAUUCGUGGAGUGAGUGGUGAACCCGCCGAUCAUGCUCGUUAGGGCUAAGGCUCUCCAUCGGUGCAGCUGUGGUGUUGAGACUGAGCGACACAUCAGCGUGAUGUGUUCAAGACAGUGCCAUUGCAUAUGUGGCCUGUGCGCUGGCUGAGAAGUUGAGCGAGCGGACGAUAUAUACUAGAGAUGUGAAAGUGUGAUGCGCGGUGGAGUGUUGCUUUAGUUUGCGUGGCGCCGACGGAGUAGUGUGCGCUGCCUCGCACACGGUGGGGAGGAUGUGGUGACCUCCUUGUGACCCUUUUUAUUUUUCUUUCAGUGUGGCACAAGCAUGUGACGCAAUCGCAUGAUACGGACGUGUGUUGCCUGGCCUGAUUGCAUGUACCUAAUGCCUGCUGCUUAUCUGCCAGCAAUUAUUCACCACCACCGUCAGAGGCAAAUACUUCUGAAACCGCUAGCAGCGCCAUUCAUAUUCCUUUUCCACGUCUCCAUUUUCAACCCUUGAUUGUUCAAUUUCCAUUCCACCCACAUCCGACGCAAUACAGCGAACAAAUGGCAAGAGCGCGUUUACGAAGUUUGACUUUGACUGAAUAAUGAACGGUGAGCG